CCGACGAGCGCACUUCAAAAUUCCUGUCAAGCAUGAGUUUCCGGAAAAAAGUCAGGUCAUUAGUCAAUUCCAUCAGAAAAAUAUUCUCGUUUACAGCAGUCACUAACACAGAUCAACUUUGGCAAGAAUUUCAAUCACAAAACGUGGUGAUGCUGUGGAUAGUAGGUCCACUAUUUUCCGGCAAGAAAUCACUGGCCUCUUAUUUGACAGAGAACAGUACUCUUCGACUUCUCCGCACAGAAUCCACACAAACAACGAAUCAUGAGCCAAGAAAACACAUCAUCAAAAGAUUCAUUGUAAGUGACUUUCCUGUAAAGAUGAGCGAAAUACUAGAAUUCGAGAAUAGCAUUUGUAAGCCCUCUGUAGUUAUUUGUAUAGAGUCUACUCUUGACGCGACUCUGGGACGAGCUUUGGUUUACGAUCCUGCUGCGGAUUUAAACGAAAUUAGGGUGCAGUACGUGGUGGAGAACAAGUUUAUGGAAAAAAUAUUGCGUAAAUACUCAAAAGAAAACAAAGCCCGCAGAAUUUUUUCGCGCUAUCCGAUACACGAAAUGCACGCGAAGGUCGUAGAAAUUUUAGAAACGGAGUUUUCUUGCAAGUUCAAAUAGAUUUUUGAAAUAAGUGUCAAAUAAAAAUUCAAACUCGAGCACUGUGUGUGUUGUCAUUCACGGUCUCCAAGACGACUCGUUGUCAUGGAGGAGGUCACCCUUAACCAAGUAAACAAGUAAACAAUCACCAGGUGAGAGCCACGCAAUGACGGAUUUUAACAAAAAAUUUAUAAUAAAAGCCGCAGAGUGUCAUUUGGGGGCUUCGUUGUCGGAGGAAACAUGGGAUAAAGACAUACGCGGCCUAGAUGACGUGGACGGGUUCCUCGGGGACCCUAACAAGCUGAUUUUAUAUGCUUUCAUUGAAGAACUAAACGACAGAAAGAAAAUUAAAUUUGUCGAUCAGAUUGAACAUGCCCGUGAUAACAAGAUCGUGGUUUUUAGCAAAAAUAAACCCUCUGUUUUGACCGAUGAUAACAUAUUUGGGUCGCUGCAAAUUACGUCUGUGUCUGGGCCACCAACUCUGGCGUUGUAUCACACCUUAAAUAAUGUUUUCACGCCACUUUUGAUGCAGACAAGCUCACCGGAAAUUCAACGACACGUGGCUAAUUUACAAGCGGACUUAAGAUCAACAUUGCUAUCUUCUACAAAUGAAGACGACAUCAACUACUCAAAUCUUAUUUCUACGAAUGUUGUAGAGUCACUAGAAAACGAAGUUGAAUACUGGGACAACAUCUCCCGUUCUUCGAAAAAUAGGCUCAGUCGCAGCAACGCCGCCUCAUUUAGUGACAUACUGAGACCUAUAUCAAAAGACUUCAGUAUUAUUGAAGCUUUGCCGCUAAAUGAAGUCGAAGAGCUUCUAGAAAACGCUCACGGAAAAUUAGAUGAUCUAUGGCGCCACGAACCGCAACCCUACCCAGCCGAACGUAUGACACACCUAAUGGACUUGAUAGCCAAGGACGUGAAGCGUUCCAUUUCCAAACAAUUAUCCGACUGUGACAUUUGGACUGAUAAUUACACCACAGUAGCGGAAAUUUUGACGCAAUGUAUCGCAAUUGGUGAACGCUGGUUGAAGAGUUGUAAGCAACUAACUCAGAUAUUUUGGCCUAACUAUUCUUCCAAUAUGUGGAAAGAAGAAAUGUACGAACCUCCAGACUUAGUCAAACUUGUGGACAGACUUCGAGAAAUACUCAACAUCCAAACACUUCUGAGACAGUUAACGCGGUUGUUGACUCCACAAGAACAAGAAGAGUUGAAAACGAACGACAUGUUUAAAGAUUUCAAAAAUCUUAACAUUUUUGAGUUUGGUCAGUACUCGACUAACCUGUGGUUGAAAGUUUGCAAACAAUUCGAAUAUUUACUCCAACCAGCCGAAGAAAAAGUCGCUAUUAAACUAAAAAAACAACUAUCAAGCAUCGACGCCAACACUCGACAGCUUCUUCACGAAUUCACCCGAUAUUCUGCUCUUAUUAGUAGACCUAUUCUAAAGCAAACCCUUCUAGCGGAGCGUCAACACUUGCUAAAUUCUCUGUACGACUACGUACGACAUCUCCAAUCUCAAAGCACUUCUGAAAACACACUGUACACCAGAUAUGACACACCUCAAGUUGUCGCCGAUGUGAUUAUCGCAAAACAGUUAGAAGCUAAAGCCAACGAGGUGUUACAAACGUCACAAAAACUAUUAGAAGAUCUCAAAGGUUUUGAAAGUUUGCAACAAAUGGUGACUGAAUUGUUGAAAGAUCUGAAACAACAACACGCCGAGCUUUUUGACUCAUGGACCAGCGAAAUUUCGUCUUUGAUUAAACAAGGGGUUUUGACUUUGAAAGAAUCUGAUCCGGUUGUGCAGUUUUCUAAAGAUAAUAAAUUAAUGAGGGUCAAUUAUUCCGACCGUUUGGUGACUUUGAUUUCAGAAGUUCGUCAGUUUAAGGCUUUGGGUUAUCACAUUCCGAGUCACAUUGACCAAACUAGUGAGCACGCGAAGGAGUUUAUGAAAUUGGCAAGGGUUCUAGAACAGAUCGCCAAUUUUCAUAACACUAUCGGUAGUAGGAUGAUCAAGAGUCAGAGACCGAUGAUGCUGGCUAGUGCGCUUGAACUUUCACGUCUGGUUCAAGAGGAAAAAGUUGUCUCUUGGGAAGACACAAAGUCGGUUGAAAAGUACGUGGAUACGUUGAAAAGUGCAGUUGAAAAGUUGUCAAAAGAGAAUAAUUUAUUGGCUUCGUACUACUACCAAAUUAUGGACAAAAUCAAGUCUCUUGAAGAUGUUGACUUAAUCAAAGACUACAGUAAAUGGAAAGACGCUACUAAAUACAUGAGAAACAUCAUGUCCCAAGUCGAAGAAAAGGGUUUCAAAAACAUGCAAACGUGGAAAGUCGAUGUUGACACAAAUCUGUGCACAGUACUAGAGAAACAAUACAUUAGAAGCUUAGACACUCUUCAUUUAUAUCUGCCGGAAAUCUACACCGAUAUAAUCUAUCGAAAGUCUGAGUUACAGUUUUCUCCAGACCAAACUGUCCUAAUGGAAAAAUAUCAACACCAACUAAAAAAGUUCUUAGACAUUCCGAAAUCGUUUCGCGGGGUUUCGGAAAAUUCUGACCACAAUAUGUUCGCUGAUAUUGUCGGUAGGAGCCAGAAAGAUCUAGAAAAAGUGAAUAAGCACACGGAGGAUCUGUUUGAACAACUGGGAAACGUUUUAAAACACUGGCAGUCGUGGCUUCAGUUAGAUUCCCUUGAUGUUAGUAAACUGACAAGUUGGCAGCACUGGGAUCUACAUUUCAGAGCUUCUAAAACCUUUGGACAAGAAAUAGCUAAAUUGCCAAGCACGGAAGAAAGAGUAGGAUGCUUCUUAAUCGGUCUAUCUAGACUGCGUUCAGACCUAGAAUCCCACAACAGAAGCUACUGGGAUCAACUAGUCCUUUCCCUUAAGGACUCCAUCGCACAAGACGUCGUCAAACUCCAGAAUUACGUCGAUCCUUCAACAGCCAUUCUCACAAAACAACCAGUAACUCUAGAAGAAGUCGGAGAAUCUGGUGCUGCGCAUGCCAACAUUUUAAAGCAAAGAUCAGAGAUGGAAGAAUGCUACAACCAGAUGAUUCAGAAAUCCCAGACUUUGUCCAGCUGGACACGAGAACAGGUUGAUUCCGUCAACCGUUUGAAAGGGGCGUGGGAAAGACUUCAAAGUCUUCUAGAAAACCAUCAACACAUCAUUGCCAAACAAAUGGCGACUAUUAAGACAACCCUAAACAUUGAAAGCGAAAAUCUGGACAAAGAAAUAGAACGGUUUAGUGCAAAGUGGGAGCAAAUUAAACCCAAACCACACACUGGUCAAAUCGCCGAUCAAAAUAUCGACGAGUUGCAUAAACAGUUGACUGGUAUUAAAGAGAAGAAGGAGCAGUGGCACGAACUGAUGCUAAAGAAAGAGAAGCUUUUCGCUGACUAUGAUAAAUUCGAUAUUGAGAAACCUGAGAUUAUGUUGGUCGAAGAGCUAGAAGCCGACUUGAACAGAGAAGAAAAGUCGUGGACGCUUUUCGAGGAGUUUUAUAACGAAUUGGAAGCUUUGACCAACGAGGACUGGAUAGUCUUCAGGAAGAAGAUCUACCGGUUUGACGACUUUCUGUCAACCUGGCAAACAAAACUGAAGAAUGCGUCUCAAGGGAGUGACUUAGAAAUGAGGAUCUUGCAAGAAAUACACAAAUUUGAAGGUAUGGUUGGUUGUUUGAAAUAUGUAAAAGGUGAAGAUUUUACCGACAAACAUUGGAUGGACGUGUUCAGUCUCCUUCAAAUGCCACUGAAGCCUUUAGAUGACUUGAAAUUCAAAAACUUUUUAGACGUUUCAGACAAAUUAACUUCUUCGGUCAAAGAACUACAAGCAAUCUGUAAAAAAGCUGCAAGCGAAAUUGUGGUUCGACAAGCUCUAGCAGAACUCGAUCAGUGGGACGUUCAAGCCAGAUUUAUUCUAACAGUCCACACAGACUCUAGAAGCAAAAACGUCAAGCUGGUGAAAGACUUCAAGGAGAUUUUAAGCAAAAUCGGAGACAACCAAAGUCUGCUCCAAUCUGUCAAAAAUUCCGCCGAUUAUGAAAGCUUCUCAGAACGUGCAAGCUUAUGGGAGAACAAACUCGCAGUCCUUGACCAAAAUUUGUCUCUAUUGGCUCAAAUCCAGCGCAAAUGGGUUUACUUGGAACCCAUUUUCGGAAGCGGGACUUUAAUCCAAGAAAAGUCCAGGUUCGAUAAAAUCGACAAAGACUUCCACCACGUGCUCAUCUUCAUUGAAAAAGAUCCUCGAGUUUCUUCUUUAUGUAGAUACCCAAACCUGAGCGCAAUUUUGAAGAACCUUCAAGACCAGCUGAACCGUUGCCAAAAGAGCUUGGAUAAUUUUCUUAUGGAAAAACGUAACAAGUUUCCGCGGUUUCUCUUUCUAGGCGAUGACGAUCUUCUAGAAGUCGUUGGCCAGUCGUCUAAAGAACAAGUCAUUCAAGCGCACCUCAAAAAAUUGUUUGCUGGAAUUAACACGAUCCAGUUGAAUGAUGACGGUAGCAAGAUCAUCGCGAUGUGUUCGCUACAAGAUGAAGUCGUACCUUUAGCCAACCCGAUCAAUAUAAAUAGACCCGUGGAAGACUGGCUCAACUCUUUAGUAAAAGAAAUGCAAUCCACACUGAAGGAGCUUUUGGUUGAGUGUCUCAGCGAAGGCCAAAACGCGGAUCCUCUUAAAUACCCUUCCCAAAUUUUGUGUCUUGCUGAUAACAUUACGUUCACACUUAAAGUCGAACAGGCGAUAGCUAACAUGACUCUACCGCCGCUCCUGGCGUACUACAAAGCCCAACUAACUCACUACAGCUCUUUGGAAUUAAGUGCCGGCGAAGAAACGUCUUUUGCUUCAAUGAACCUGAGCAAGAAUGACGACAACAAUACUUUAGAACUUAAACUGAAAGCUCUUCUUCUGGAUACCAUACACCACAUUGACGUUCUUGGUGAACUCCUCGACGUCAACGUAACCAAAGUUACUGACUGGGUUUGGCAAAAACAACUACGGUUCUAUUCCAACUCAACUGGUGAAGUCACCGUCAAAAUGGCGAACGCCCGAAUGGACUACGCGUACGAGUACCUUGGUAACUCGCCAAAACUAGUUCGCACUCCUCUUACCGACCGCUGCUUUUUGACUUUAACCCAAGGAAUGCACUUGGGUAUGGGUGGUAACCCGUAUGGUCCAGCGGGUACUGGCAAAACCGAAUCAGUGAAAGCUCUGGGUGGUCUUCUAGGAAGACAAGUUCUAGUGUUUAAUUGCGACGAAGGCAUAGAUGCUGCUUCUAUGGGUAGAAUUUUAUCCGGAUUGGUCCGAAGUGGCGCUUGGGGCUGCUUCGACGAGUUUAAUCGACUAGACGAAGCCACUUUAUCUGCUGUAUCCAUGCAAAUACAACCCAUACAAAUCGCUUUGAGAACGAACCAAGCGAAACUAAUUCUUCUAGACCAAGAAAUUGUCGUCAACAAGCACUGUGGCAUUUUUGUCACUUUGAACCCUGCUGGUGGAAGUUACGGCGGUCGAAACAAGCUGCCUGAUAAUCUAAAACAGUUGUUUAGGCCAGUGGUGAUGACCCAUCCGGACCAUGAACAAAUUGCACGAACUUUGCUACACUGUGAUGGUUACGCGAACGCCGACAUCAUUGGGAAAAAACUGAUCGAAAUUUUUGAUUCGUCGAGUAAGUUGUUAAGUAAGCAACAACACUAUGACUGGGGUCUUAGGGCUAUAAGAACCAUUCUGACUGGCUGCGGCAGGGCUUUAAAGUUACACAGAAAGAAAACUGAAGAAGCGGAAGGUAACCAGUUGUUUGUUGAACUUACUUUGGUUGUUAAAGUGCUAAGAAUGGACACUUUAUCAAAACUGACGUUCUCUGAUAGCGUCAAGUUUGACGGAUUAAUCAAAGACGUGUUCAAAGAUGUGGUUGUUGAAGACAUGGGAAACGAAAUCCUUGUCAAAGCUUUGGAAGAAAGCUGUCAAGAUUUGGCACUUGCGGUUAACCAAAGACAAAUUGACAAGUGUUUAGAAUUGUACGAACAACUGAAACAACGAAUGGGAGUGGCUAUUGUCGGACCACCCAGUUCUGGCAAAACUUCAGUACGAAAUUUGCUCUUCCAGGCUUUACACAAAAUGGGGAAAACGCUCAAGCAACACGUCUUUAACCCGAAAAGUAUGCAAAAAACUGAGCUUCUGGGUCAAAUCGACUUAGAUACCAGACAAUGGUGCGACGGAGUUUUAACUCUUUACAGUCUUCAAGUAACCUCGGAACCUUCAGAUACGUGGUCAUGGAUUGUCUGCGAUGGUAACAUCGACCCGGAAUGGGUGGAAGCUCUAAAUUCGGUCCUUGACGACAACCGCCUCCUAUCUCUACCGUCCGGUUGGAGAGUCCAAUUUGGUCCCAAUGUCAACUUCAUAUUUGAAACACAUGACUUAAGUAACGCUUCACCUGCCACGAUCUCAAGAAUGGGUAUAGUUCUACUUAGUGAAGAAGAUCUAGAUUUGGACUCGUACAUCAACAACUAUGUUAAAACACAGCCUGAAGAGUUUGAAACUUUGUUAGGAUCAUACAUUAACGACUAUUUUCUCAAGAGUGUCCAGUGGGUUUGUAAUGAGGGUGAAAUUGGUAUUCCGUGCUCGAAAAUCGCCGUUGCUAAAACAGGACUUUCGCAGUUGUUUGAAGUUGGAAGCAAAAGUCAAUUCGCUGUUGCUCUUAUCAAUGGUUUAGGGCAACAACUUCAGUGCGACUUUAGAGAACUCUUUGCCCAACAGAUUUACGACUGGAUGGGGGAAGUCCCACCACCUAUGCUACUAAAGUCGCGCUAUAACAACGACCGAGAUAUGAUAGACACCUAUUAUACCAAUCCCAACAUGAGUAUAGACGUUGCCACCCGAAAAAUCCCGUUAGUUUUAACAGGAGACAUAUCAAAGGCGUUAGACGCCCUUCGAACGUGGCUGCUACCAGAAAACGAACAAAAUUUCUUACUAGUCGGACCACACGGAUCAGCAAAAUCUUUGAUUCUCGAGUAUCUGGUUAAGGAAAGAUCCGACAUGGAACUAGCUACUGUUCACUGCAGCGCCAACUUGCUUCCUUCCUACGUCAUCAACAAAAUCUCGCAACUGUGCAUCGUCGUCAACACAAACAAAGGAAAAGUUUAUAAACCGAAAAAAGGAAACCUUCUACUAUAUUUCAAAAAUCUGCACUUGCUCAAGCCGGACAAGUGGGGCACGAAUAUUUUGAUAGAGUUCCUGCAUCAGAUGAUCAACUAUAGAGCCUUCUUCGAUCAAAAUCUCGAACUUGUGGGUUACGAAAAUAUCACGAUUGUGGGGUCUUUGUCGGUGGUUGCCACCUUGUCGACCCGCUUUACAUCAAUUGUGCACAAUUACAACGUCAGCUUACCUGAUCAAGAGGACUUGUCGGUGAUUCUAGUGGCGUAUCUAACCGUUCUUGUUAAAGAGUCUCUAGGUGGUUGGCCCAAAGCGAAGAUCGUCAAACUAGCAGCUACGAUAAUCUCGAUUUACGACAAGAUAAGAGGGGUAUUCCUCGCUACUAACUACAAACACUACGAUUUUAGCCCUCACGACCUCACCAACUGGUGUUCUAGUAUCCUCCGUUACAAAGAUACCCUUCAAAGUGAAUCCGAACACCCUCUUUUGGAAAUAAUGUGUUAUGAAGCAACCAUACAAUUCGGGGAUAAACUAGUCGGUGAAGAAGAUCGCCACAAGCUAACCAACAUCAUAAAUGAGGUCUUCAAAGUUCAGUGGGGGGUGAUCACCAUCACCAAAGACGUUCAAACCCAGUUUUACGUACCUUCGCCUCAGUACUCAUCCCAUAGUGAUACCAUCCCUCUUCAAAAACUAAACGAAGAGGAGUGGAGCGCCACUGUUAGAAAAGGCAUGGUUCAGUAUGGCCGCGAAGGACAGGAUUUGGAUAUCUUGGUCAACCAAGAGCUUCUACAUUUGAGUGCCAGUGUUUCAAAAAUUUUGAGCGCUCCUGAAGGAAACGUGGUGAUGAUUGGGAGAGCGGGAAUUGGAAGAAAGUCUGCAGUCAAGAUUGUGUCAGCUUUGCAGUCUGCCAGACUUAUAGUCCCUAUAAGUGGUUUGCAACCACAGUUCAACGCCGACUUGAAAUCUGCUAUCCAAAUGGCGGGACUGGAAGGGGAGCAAGUUUAUCUUCUUUUGGAAGACCACAUUUUCAACCGGAAGAAUAUUUUGAGCAUGAUCAACAUACUAAUAUCAGCAGGAGAGGUACCCAGUUUGUACAACGCGGCCGAACUUGACUCUCUAAUCGCGGGUUUGAAAGACGAAGCCAACCGAGAAAACUUCGAAGGGAACUUGAUGGAGUUCUUCAACGAACGGAUAAAAAGACGGCUGCACGUAGUGGCCUGCAUCGACGUGGACAACGACAACAUCUGGACGAUUUUCGAAAACUGUCCCGCUUUCCUCUACAAAAGCACCAUAAUCUGGAAAACCGAGUGGAGCAUCGAGACCAUUCGAUCAAUUCCUGUUCUACUAAUCAACAGAGCUAACGAAAGCGACAACAACGAAAUCCAGCACUGUAGCAACUUCCCCAAAAUUUUUGCCGUGAUUAGCGACAAAAUGGCCGCUCCGUCUCGCUUCAUCGCCAUGAUCAAACUCUACGUAGAAAUCUACGUCGACAAAAGAAACACUAUAACCUCCAAACAAAACAAACUGAAAGCUGGAGUUGCUAGACUUAACGAAGCCGCGAACUUAGUGGCUCGACUUAAGCAAAAAGCGGCAGAACAACAAAACAAACUCGCCGAGAAGCAAGCAAAAGCUAAUACCGCUCUAGACAUGAUUAGUAACACGAUGAGGAACGCCAAUACCCACAAAGAAGAAAUGGAGGUCUUGAAACAGCAAACCGAAGACGAGAAUCGACAGCUCAUAGUCCGAAAACAAGAAAUCGAGCUAGAGCUGGCGGAAGUCGAACCCUUGAUACAGGAAGCUCGGGCCGCUGUUGGAAACAUCAAGUCUGAGUCUUUAUCAGAAAUCCGGUCUUUGCGGGCACCACCAGACGUGAUUAGGGACAUUCUAGAGGGUGUUUUGAGGUUAAUGGGGAUCCAGGAUACUUCGUGGAACAGCAUGAAGACUUUUUUAGCCAAACGAGGGGUGAAAGAAGAAAUACGGUCGUUCGACGCUAGUAGAAUCACGAGCGAGAAUCGCCAGGCUGUCGAACGACUGAUGGCUACUAAAGGCGAUUCGUUUGACCCGAAGGCGGCGAAAAGGGCGUCGGUGGCGGCGGCGCCGUUGGCGGCUUGGGUGGGCGCGAACGUCAAGUAUUCGCACGUUGCCGACAAGAUUAAACCUUUGGAACGGGAACAAAACAAGCUGAAGGAGAAUUUGGCCAGUGCUGAAGCUCAGUUGGGUGAACUGAGUGCUGGACUGUCAGACGUGGACGCUGCAGUUGCCAAACUCAAAGUACAGUUGUCCGCUUACACGAAAGAGGCAGCCGAAAUCGAAAUUGACUUAAAUAAGGCACAAGAAACUCUAUCUGCUGCGGAAGGUUUGGUGUCCAAGUUGGAUGAUGAGUAUCAGAGGUGGCAAGAGCAACUCAGAGACCUGUCGCAACAGAUUGAAAAGUUGCCCGAGAAUUGCUCCCUAGCGGCUGCUUUCAUCACGUAUUUGUCUGACGAGUCUGAAGAAGGAAGGAAGUUGUUUUUGGACAAAUGGAUCAAGGAACUUGGAGUUGAGUUUAACUUUGAAGAGUUCUUGUCGACGGAACGGGAGCACUUGCAGUGGCAGAGCGAAGGUCUCUCUUACGACAAGCUCUCUUUACAAAACGCCGUCAUAAUUUUGAAGGCCAAAAUUACUCCACUCCUUAUUGAUCCCACUUCCAACGCAAUCAAGUGGUUUAGAAACCACUUCAAACACAAACAGAUAGAAACUGUAACACAAGACACCCCAAAGUUCCACACCAACUUAGAACUGUCAGUCCGAUUUGGGAAAGUUUUAGUCAUAGAGGAAAUCGACAAGGUUUCUUCCGUUCUUUUCCCAAUUCUGAGACGCGAAUUCGUCUACCAAGGGGAACGAAAACUCAUAAAUCUCAACGGAAAAUUAAUUGACUACCACAACGAGUUCACGAUGAUUCUAAGUAGCAGAAAUGAGCAGCUGAAAGUGGCUGCAGACGUCAAUGCAAUCGUAUCUACCAUGAACUUCACGGUAACUCAUGCAGGUCUGACCGAACAACUACUAUCGUGCACAAUUCGGCAAGAAAAUCCGGAACUAGAAGAUAGAAGGAAGCAGCUUCUGAGGCAACGAGAGGAGUUGCAAGAGAAGCAGUAUCAGUUACAAAAUCAGCUCCUGGAAGAUCUUGCUAACUCGUCUGGAGACAUUUUGCAGAAUGCCAAUUUGUUGGCUUCGUUAAACGAAACUAAAGCCAGCUCUACCGCAAUCACCAAAGCUUUAGAAGAGUCAUCCCAAGUCCAGAAGAAACUCCAGUCGGAAUACGAGGUGUAUCAAGAGAUUUCGCUCUUCGGGAGCUAUUUAUACUUCGCGUGUAACGAAUUUUCCAAGUUCAAUGUGUUGUACGCGCUAUCAGUACCAGCUUUCAUCAAACUAUUCCUGACUUCGCUCCAAACCUUCCAGGGAAUGGAAAGCACCACCGAAUCCCAGAAGAAACACCUCUUCUACACCGUCUACACGUACGUUACUAGAGGGAUUAUGAAAAUGGAUCGCCUUACCUUCGCUAUGCACCUAAUCCAGAAGCUCUUUUCUAUACAGUUGAGUGAAUGGAGUCACUUUUUGGGUAACUCGGUUACCACUAGAAACGAUCCAGAAAACAUCCCACCGUGGAUUCCCAAACACUGCGUUCACAACAUACAAAACCUCCAAAUCGCAUUCCCCGAACUCUAUAGACUAUUGCAACUAGAAGAACAAACCUUGUGGACUAAAUUCAUGAGUUCUGAUCACUGCGAAAGGGAGUUUCCGCAGCACUGUAAGGUCACUGAGUUUCAAAAACUCCUCACCAUUCAAGCCCUCCGUCCUGAUCGUACAUACUCCGCUAUGUCUCAGUGUGUCGUUCACAUGACAAGCCUGCGCAGUAUCGACCCACCAGUACUAGAUCUAGCCCACAUUUACAAAGAAUCGUCGUCGUCCGAACCCAUCCUCAUUCUAACAGUGUCAGGUACCGACCCUUCGUCCGAAAUCCGGGAUUUGGCCCCUAGUGAGUUCGUAGAAGUGGCAAUGGGGGAGGGCCAAGAAAGCAAAGCGCUAACAGCUUUGGAGAAAACAUCAAAAGAGGGUCACUGGUUGAUCUUGAAAAAUCUCCACUUGGUUACAGGAUGGUUGUCAAUUUUGUGUCAAAACCUACAAACCUUGCGACCGCACGACAACUUCCGACUGUGGCUAAUAACCGAACCUAACCCCUCAUUCAACUUCGUUCUAGCCCAAAAUAGCCUCAAAGUGGUGUACGAGGCACCACAAGGCAUACGGAACAACCUCCAGAGAACCUAUAAUACCUGGGGGAGCAAAUACAUAGAGAAAUUGCAUCCCACCGCUGCACGAAUAUUUUUUAUUCUGUCGUGCAUUCACGCCAUUUUGCAGGAAAGAAGGACCUAUAUUCCGCAAGGGUGGUCCAAAUGGUACGAAUUCAGCGACACGGAUUUGGCCACUUGUGUCAGACUCGUGGAGGAUUUGUGGCAGAUGCAUUCGCCUCAAGUGCAGUGGAAAUUUAUUUCUGGGUUGUGCUGCGAUGCGGUUUAUGGGGGCAGGAUUGAGAAUAUCGACGAUAUGGAUAUUUUGAAGACGUAUCUGAGGCAGUACUUAGUGGAUGAGGUUUUGAGCCACAGGUGGAGUCCGUUCGGGAGUAAAGUCAGUUUGCCGAGUUCGUCCAAGUUCAACGAUUAUGUCAAUACUUUGAAACUACUGCCUGAACGAGACCUACCGGCGUACUUCGGACUGCCCGAGAACAUCGGUCGGGCUUGGGAAAAACAAACCUCGAGUGAGAUCCUCACCAAAUUGAAAACUAUCCUGUUGACGAAAGAAGUUUCUUUGAAGUUCGACCGGGAGUACUGGCAGAAGAGUUUGCCGCCUUUUAUGAUUGUGUGGAAGAAAUUGAAUCAAGGCCACGAUUUUGUUCGGAUGAAUUUACCUGGUGCUGCGAGUAACUCGAAUUCGUCGGUCGAAAAUUUUGUUAGUGAGGAGUUUCAAAACGGCGUUCGGUUGAUACAAAAAAUACACAAGUGUUUUGCUACUUUGAACAAAAUUUGUAAGGGAAAUGCGAUUCCGGACGAUCAAGAUUUAAUCGUUGGGGUUUCUUUGAUAAAGUAUGAGGUACCCAAGUCAUGGGAGACGUUAUGGCAAGGACCCAAAGAACCAAACAAAUAUCUAAGGAGUGUGGUCACCAAAACCGCAAAUAUUUCAAAAUGGGCAGAUGCAAAAUCUGCCACGAUUUUACAAAAUCCGCUUAAUUUGUCGCACUUUUUACAUCCUGGUGCAUUUUUAGCGUCGUACAAACAAGAAUAUUCGAGGUUAAGCAACAUAUCUAUGGAUCAGCUGCAACUAGAAUCAAGCUGGAAAGCUCCUACUCACAAAAACUACAUAGUUUUGACUGAUUUAUUAGUAGAGGGUGGUUUAUUUGAAGGAAACAUGCUAAAACCGUGCUUGUCCUACUCGGAAAAUAUUAACCUUCCGCCCAACUGCUACAUCACCUGGAAGGAAAAAAAAAUGUUGGUAAAAGAUGAUAAAUAUCUUGACGUUCCUUUAUACUACAGCUCCAACAGAGAGAAGCAGCUAACUUCGCUACAAGUACUGUGUGAUGUGCGAGAGAAGGAUAGAUGGAUACAGGCCGGUCUCGCCUUUUACUUAGAAUAUUAGAAAAAAAUCCGUUUAUUUAAAAAAUAAGUACUUACAAUACAUACU